AUGUUGACUCUUCCAAGGAGACCACUCGCCCAGAAGCUCUUCAGGCCCGUCGGUGCUCGCCUAUUCAGCAUCUACGAAGGUCAAACCGUACAGGAGUCUGAACUGAUACCACAGGAGGAUGACUGGGUCAUUGAAGAGACCAACUUCUGUUUGGGAAGGAACUGCUACGUGCGCUUUCGUGAGGAGGACGACCUAGCCAGGCGUGCUCUGCACCAGAUGGACUCCCAGCUGAAUAAGAUGCAUACUAGGCUCAGAGAUGGUACUGUCAUUCCUUAUAUGUCCUUCCAUCCGGAUGAAAUGGUCGACAGACCUGCGCCAAUUCAUACCUUCUCUGAGAAACCGUUAUUGAAGUGGACGUGGGAUGAGACUUACGAGGAGGCGUAUGACGAUCCCGAGGCCCCAUCCUACAAACGAGUACCCUAUCCAGGAGAUGCUCAGACCGAAGCCCCCGAGGAGGUACUCCUACACUCCUGA